UUUUGGACAUAACUCGUCUCUCCAAGUGUCAGGCAGCAAUACAGGCUUGUAACCAGCAAGGAGGUAACUGACCGUGCCCCGACAUCCAGCCGGCACCCCAACUCUACCUUCCUGCAGCAAUGUGGGUUCCUACAGUCAUCGUGAUCCUUCUCAGCGUGCGAGGAGCAGCUGCUCUCCAAGAGCCUGAGAUCUGCUACAUCCUGGAUGCAAUACUCUUCCUCUAUGGCAUUGUGCUCACUGCUCUCUACUGCCACCUCAAGAUACAGACAAAAAAAGCUCAGAAAAACAAACCAACAGGGGCUAUUUAUGAGCAUUUAAACUACCCCGAAAAACAGAUCUAUGAGAAGAUUGGCGAUGGGGCCCAGAAAAAAGGAGAAGAGGGCGUGUACACUGGCCUGGAGUCUGUGGAAAAAGUCACGUACGAAACCUUAAAGGGCGACAGCAAGAAGAACUGAUCCGCUGGACCCCGGCUUUGGUCUUGGGGCCCCACCCACUGUAUAUAGAAAGUGCCGCACAUUCCUGACCCAGGCCAGGGCCCCAUUACACUCUGGCAUGUAACGUAGGACUGUAUGUGGGGGGUGUUUCUCCUGGGCUGUGACUUACUUACUCUGCCUCAAACUGACCGGACCUGUGGCUGCACAAAGCAUUCUGGGAAAUAUAUUUUAUCCCCCCCUCCCUGCCCACCAGCUCACCAGCCGCUCAAAUAAAGCUACAAGACCAUAUAUAUAUAUAUAUAUAUAUAUAUCUGCUCUGUAAAUGACAUCACAGCAUGAUGUCACAUCUCAGUUGAUGUCACAUCUCAAUUGAUGUCACAAUUUUCCCAGGUUAUCUAAAGGGGUUUCUGCUUUGCUUAAUCCAUGGGAAACUGAUUUUGUAAAGGUCAAGUAUUUAACUUGCUGAUUGGUCCACUGGCCUGACAUUAACCCCCCCCACCUGCUUAUAUAUAAGCCCCACCCCGUGUCCCUGUAAUAAGAACCCUCUUCCUUCUGCAGCAGCGCUUCACCCCCAAACCAACAUUGUACCCUGUAACUGUGUCAUUAAACGAUAACAAGUC